UAUAUAUCGAUCUUUGCGUCGUUCUCUAGUUGUUCCCUCCUUGGUUCGCAGUCGUUUCUUUACAAGUGAUUCGAGCACUUUUGUGUUAAUCUUUCAUCAUGAGCAAUAUCUGUACUUUUGAUGGCCCGCUCUUCCCUCGGGUUGUGUCUGGAAGCAUCAUGCCUACCUACGCUAUUGAUCCAACUAACUCGGGAUUUCUGGCAGCUAGUGGAAGCUUCACAAAUGGAUUUGGGAGUACUUGUAGCUUCCCAACUAGAUACGGAGCUGCAAGAAACACUAUAACCCCUUACCUUGUUCUUCCGGGACAGAGGACAACCGUAUGUUUUGGAGGGCUUAUCACACCCGCGACCACUUCCCAAGCUUUCGGCUCCACGACGUAUACCACGUUUCAAUGUCCCAGUAUCACUUUGAAUAAGUUGGUUCCCGGGACCUAUACGCUGAACUUCGUCGAGGCUACUGGUCCAGUGUUUUCUCCUCGGACAUUUGUCAUCACUACGCCUUACUCGGGUACACCUAUCUACGUUACGACGACUACAACAGCUACGCUUGACGCACAACCAACGAGUACUUCCACUGUUACCAUCAACUCCAGUACGUCCACUGCUACAGCAAGCCUGUCCGCUGAGCCGGCAAGCACAACCACAGCAACGGCCUACUCGACUACAAUUGUACUAUCAGACGUAUCCACCCCGCCGCCAAUUGCCACUACCACGGUCACUGAGUACACCGCAACCGUUUUGUCCGUUGAGACUAUUCCAGCGGCGCCCGCGUCUACGAUAACGGUGUCUAUCUCGGAUUGUCCCUCGCCUUCUUCAUCGCAACCUUCAAGUUCGUCUUCUUCUACUACCAGCUCUUCACGACCUUUGAGCAGUUCGUCUGCAGCUAGCUCCUCGCAGUCUUCAGAUUCCACACAACCUUUGAGCACGUCGUCUUCUGCCAGCUCAUCGGAGCUUUCGAGUACGACCUCUGAAGUCAGCGCUUCGCAACCGUCAAGCACUUCCUCUUCAGCCAGCUCAUCAGAACUUUCAAUAGUUCCUCUUCAGCCAGCUUAUCAGAACUUUCAAGCACGUCGUCUUCGGCUAGCUCCUCGCAAUCUUCAAGCAGUUCGUCGACAUUUAGCUCAUCAGAGCUUUCGAUUACGUCGUCUGCGGCUAGCUCCUCACAAUCUGCAAGUAGUUCGUCCGCGAUUAGCUCUUCGCAAAUUUCAAGCAUACCGUCUGCAGCCAGUUCGUCAGAAACUUCAACCACGUCGUCUGCCACUAGCUCCUCACAGUCUCCAAGCAGUUCGUCUGCUGUCGGUUCCAGCUCAUCACCGCCUUUGAGUAGUUCGUCUCCUACUAGCUCAUCACAGCCUUCGAGCAGUUCAUCUACUGACAGCUCAUCACAAAUUUCAACUACGUCAUCUGCUGUCAGCUUCAGCUCAUCGCAAUCUUCAAGCACAUCUUCAUCCGCCAGCUCGUCAAGGACGUCAAG